UGUGUCCACCUGAGGGGAGGAAUAUAAAAGGCACUGCGUUUUAGAUUGAAGUCAGUUUGUGUCUCAACGCAGAUCUUUCAACAUGUACAAGUUCUUCGUCCUCGCCGCCGCCUUGGCUUGCGCCAACGCUGGAUACCUCGGAGCCCCCGCCGCCGUCGGAUACGCCGCCGCCCCCGUCGCCACUUACGCUCAUGCCGCCCCCGUCGCCUACGCCCCGGCCGCCGUCACCUCCCAGUCCUCCAACACCCUGAGGUCCUUCGGAAACUUGGGACAGGUCUCCACCUUCCACAAGACCGUCGACACCCCUUACUCCAGCGUUUCCAAAUCUGACGUCCGUGUCUCCAACCCCGGAUACGCCACCUACGCCGCCGCCCCGGUCGGUUACGCCGCUCCCGCUGUCGCUACCUACGCUCACGCCGCCCCUGCCGUCGCCACCUACGCCCACGCCGCCCCCGUCGUAGCCAAAUCCUACGCCGCCCCCGUCGCCCACGCCGGUCUCCUCGGAGUCGCUUACUCCGCCGCUCCCACCGUCUCUCACCUCGCCUUCGACGGAUUCGGAGCUCACUACGGAUGGUACAAGGAAAGAGUAUCUUUCAACAUGUACAAGUUCUUCGUCCUCGCCGCCGCCUUGGCUUGCGCCAACGCUGGAUACCUCGGAGCCCCCGCCGCCGUCGGAUACGCCGCCGCCCCCGUCGCCACUUACGCUCAUGCCGCCCCCGUCGCCUACGCCCCGGCCGCCGUCACCUCCCAGUCCUCCAACACCCUGAGGUCCUUCGGAAACUUGGGACAGGUCUCCACCUUCCACAAGACCGUCGACACCCCUUACUCCAGCGUUUCCAAAUCUGACGUCCGUGUCUCCAACCCCGGAUACGCCACCUACGCCGCCGCCCCGGUCGGUUACGCCGCUCCCGCUGUCGCUACCUACGCUCACGCCGCCCCUGCCGUCGCCACCUACGCCCACGCCGCCCCCGUCGUAGCCAAAUCCUACGCCGCACCCGUCGCUCACGCCGGCCUCCUCGGAGUCGCUUACUCCGCCGCCCCCACCGUCUCUCACCUCGCCUUCGACGGAUUCGGAGCUCACUAUGGAUGGUAAAUGUCGUAAAAACGACUAAAAGUUCCUAACAAUCGAAACCAUCUUUCCGCUUACUAUUCUUCUCCGAUUCUUCCUUUCUUCCACCAGUUAUUUAUUUAUUUUCCUAGUCCAA